UGUGUACAAAAGGGGAUCGUUUGCCGCGUGCGCUGAGGCGCCGUGUUUUGCCAAACCAUUAAACACUAAAUUCCUAUGUUUUCUUUGCUUGUUUACUGCUCAUUUCCGUGGAAAAUGGAAGCCUUUAACCAGCUUCUAUUGGAAUACCCUGAAUUGAUGUACGGAGGAGUCGGAGUUACGGCGUUUGUUGCCGGCGGAGCGCUGAUAUACAAAAUUGCCACCAGAAAAAAGCCUACCCAUAUAAAUGUCAACUGCUGGUUCUGUAAUGAGAACACAGUGGUGCCUUAUGGGAACAGGAACUGCUGGGACUGUCCUAACUGUGACCAAUACAAUGGCUUCCAGGAGAAUGGGGAUUACAACAAAACCAUCCCAGCUCAGCAUAAGGCACAUCUCAACCAUGGAGUAUCUGGAAGUCUUCCCGCAUCUGAGACACCCAAGACACAGCAGUGGGUGAACUGUCAGAUGCUGCUGUGCAAGAAGUGCAAUAACAAUCAGUCUACAAAGAUCAAGAAGUUGGCCUCAUUUAUCCCUAGGGAUGAUGAAAACUAUGAUGAGGAAAUUGAAGCCUACAAGCACCACCUGGAGCAGACUUAUAAGUUAUGCAGGCCGUGUCAGACAGCCGUGGAGUACUACAUCAAAUAUCAAAACCGCCAGCUACGUACAGUGCUCUUCAGCCACCAACUUCGACGUACCCGAGACUCAAUCCAGGGCUUUGUUAAGAGCUCCUAUUCUCUGUCUUCUCCCAUCGGCGUCACACUGUUAUGGGCACUGGCCUUCCUGCUAUCUGCUUUCCUGGUUGUUACAUCUUUCUGCGAAUUGCCGGCCCAGAGUCUUUCACCUAGUGGCCCACAGACAUUAAGUGGUGGGGUCACUCCUCCUAAACUCUUCAAUGAAUCCACCCCUAAAAAUGAAAGCAGUGGAGAUGUGCCUGUAUGGCAGGGUCUGCUGGAGCUGAUCCCAAACAAGGCCAUAGAAAAUGCCAAGCUGGUGUAUCAACAUGGAAGGGACAACCAGUUGGCUGUAGUCUCGGUUGGCCUGUUGACUUGCCUCACUGCUAUCUUCUUAGCAGGACCUGCAAGGCUGAGGAGAAUUGAUGCUGUGGCCUCUGUCCUGUGGUUCUUCGUCCUGUGCCUGUACCUGGCUGAGAGCUACUUGGCUGGUGCCUCGGGUUGGAUGGACACAGCCAAGCACAGCAGCAUCUCUCUCUGUUGCCUAGUCAGCUUUGCUGCUGCUGUGGCAACUCGCAAACCACUGGAUCUACGAAGAGGCAAAUAUCGAAGAACAAAGGGCACACCGGUUUAAAUUCACUUUUUACCCAUAACUCCCCUGUUUUACUGCUGUGUGUGUGAAUGACUGAAGUUAUGACAUGUGAAUGACAAACGUCAGGCAAAGGAUUGUGUGUGUGGCUUAUGACCAGAACAAGAGUCUAGUGCUACUUGCUUCAUCAACCCUAACGAAACUAAGCAAUUUGAGACCAAGCACAUGUGUGCUUGAUCUGUGGAGGUUAAAAUAAUUUUGCCGUUUUGAUACAUGCCAACACUAAUGAAAUAUUAUUAGUAACCACCUCUCAAGACUUACAAAGUACACUCUGUGGGAAAUUGUCCCACAGUUUUCUUUCAGGUUCAUCCUGUUUUUGAAGCUGUGAUUAUUUGCUUUUGCAAAUUCCUUACGAACUACAACAAAUUUGUGAUGGACUGACAUUUUUAAAACCAGUAGAGUGGGAUUUUUAGAAUUCAAGUACCCAACUAGCACUAAUCCUAUAUAUUCUAAACUGUACUGUAAUGUGGAAAAGCAUUUUGAAUGUCCCUACUUGUUAACAAUCUGGUGUGACUGUGUAGAAAAUUGUUCACUAACUACAGCUAUAUCCACACUAAAAUGUUUCUAGUUUAAAACGGUUAUAAAACAAAAAUGAUCUCCGUCCAGAAAAGGGUUUUGAGCUCAGUAUCAGAAAUCAUCUCCGCCCAUACGAACAUACCUGAAAAUGCAUAUCACAUGACCAUUGACAUAGACUGCUUCAUAUUUACACUGAUAUGUGCAUGCCUAGAUCGUCUACUACUACUACAAACAAAGAACCACAAUGGUGAAAAGAGACUUCUUUCUUAGCACUAUAAAAUGCAGAAUUUAACUGCAUAACAGCUCCUAGCAAAGACAUACCUUGACCACUAUGAGUUGAGGCUGAUGCUAUUUGUUUUCCUCCGAAAAAGGGUCACCUGCGUCUUCAUUUCGAAACAUCUCAGUUUUUCCAGACGAAAAGGCAACUCCGGAGUUUCCCUAAAACGGAGACUUUUGAAAAUGCUGCUGGCCCCGUUUAGUUUGUAAGGGCUCAAACUCAUAGUAGUGUGGACACCAGGUGUAAAUAUAGCAAAAGUUAUGCAUUUUAAAACUCAAACGUAUUGGUGUGGAUGUAGCCUACAGCUCAUUGCACGAAAUACUCACUGCAGGCCAUACUCAAGAUAUGAUUUUUGAGUAAUCACGUCCCCUCCUGUAUUGUUUCACAUCUACACUUUCUGAACAAAGAAUUGCCUUGGACAUUUCUAAAAAGUAUUCACCGUGACACCUUUGACCGUCGCUAUUCAUGACUGACAUCUGCAAGGAAUUUCCUUGGAAUACGACAUCAGUGCUGAAGCAACUUAUCAGUUCUCAAGGCAGAGCUGGAACAUUUUCCCAUGCAUGCUAUGUGGUUAUUUGCUGUGCCAAAAGCUGUUGUGUAAAAUAAUGCCUCUAGAUGACUGCCUGGCAGGUACUUGCUUUGUCUUGGCAUUUCUUGGGGUAAUCAUGCCAGAGUAGUAGUUUCAGGUGGCCUUGUUGUAUCAGUGCUUGAACUUGUAAAUUUUACAAAGUGCUCAACUGUUUGUGGUCACUGAGAGGAACUCUUGUGUCUUGUAAAAAUGUUAGUUAUAAGGCUUGAUGCGUGAUGUAAGGUUUUGCCUCACAUGUCGUGCUCAUGCAAGAUAAGCCACUAAAAAACUCAGCAGUAUUAGAAAUAUUUGACGUACACGGUUAAUGCUUGUCCGGAAAGGGUUACCUUUCUUCAGUGAGAUGUUGGACUGUCAUCUCUUGCAAAUUUUUAUUUAAAUAGAAUAUGAAUCUGAAAACGCUGCAUUAUCACAUGCAGCAAAAUAUAUUGGAUUUUUCUAUCACUUAUUGCUUCACUUCCAGUAACACUGGACUUUCCUUUACCAACAGUCUAACAUGUUGAUGUAUUCAAAACCGAUGGACGAAACUGACUGAGUUGUAUGCACUAACAUUCACCUGGCCAAUGUAUUGCCAUUAACCCAUUUUUCUUUUACUUGUUGGAAUGUAUUGAGUGAAUGGGCCUAUUUAUUUGACAGCAAUGUCAUUAGGUAUUGCAAACUAAUAGCUGUAGAGAGUACUUAUAAAUUGUAUUUGGUGGGUAGAGUACAGUUUAAAUUGCAUGUUGUGCUGUCAUGUAGAUGGAUUUAUGUUUUCAAACCAGCGCCUCUGGUGCAGUAAUCUCAAAGCUUUAAAUUGUGAAUUUUUGCUGCCAAAUCUAAGACACUACAGAUGCACUUGUAGGUUAUGAGCAAGGUAUUGAUUGUAUAAUUUUUAAUAUUCAUAUAGAAUAAUUUUCACGUUUUUGAAGCUUAAUUUAACUUUUGCCUUUGGAAAAAAAUCAUCAAAUGCAAAGUUUGAGAUGCUAUAUAGUCUCUGUAAUAUAGCGUCUAUCAGUAAUGACCUAGAGUAGCUCCCUACCUUUCAUAAAAUACAUCACGUGAAUGACUGCAUCUUAAACUCUUGACUAAGACGAAUCAAAAUUAAAACACAUGUAUAUCCACCCUGAAGGAGGCAAGAGAGCCACAUAUGUUUUAAUAAAGCAAUGUGAUGUGUUUUAAUUUUGAUGGACUUACAUUGACAAUGGAAGCUCAAUGGUCUGCACAUGGCAGCGUUUUCAAAGUAAGAUAUUCUAACGAUAGUACAACAUAAUAAUAUUAUUUACCAUUUUUGUUUGUAUAUGUAAGAUACAACUUAAAAUGUAUCAUCUUUGCGAAUGUUUUACAUGCUCUGCUAAAUUGUUUGUGUUCACUAUAAAUCUGUAGUGUGCAUGUUUAUGCUAUGAUAUAUUCAUGAUAUAUAGUCAAGUAUAUGGCUAUAUUUGUGUUUUUUAGAGAGUUCCUUUAUCUACUUGAACUAUGACUGUUACCUUCAUUUGUGUCAAGCAUUUAGCUCUUGAAGUACUACACUUGUAUUUUAAUCACAAGUUUAAGUUGCCAUAUGCAACUUCAACAUUAUACCAUUGCCACAAACAUAUUUUGUAGUGUUUUAACAGUGAUAGCUAUAGAACUACCUUUUUACUAAUGGAACCGGGAAUGUUAAUAUUUUUAAUGCACUGUGUUAUUCUACGGAUCCAAUAUGUAGCUGAAAUGUGAUAAUGUUAUACCUAAAUGUUUUAGUGUGUGUGUGUGUGUGUGUGUGUGUUGCAGAAACACUAAAAGACCCAAUACUUUAAAAAAAAAAAAAAGAGAGAGAGGUUACUUUUUAACAGUUAAGCAAUAAUUUUCAGUUCAAGUCAAUAGUACAAAUAAGCUAAUGAAAUCAAAUCUCAAUUUGAUCAGAUCAUGAUAUUUAUGCAUUAUGUAGCAGCCUCAGAAAUGGAGCUCAACCAAUGCUGAAAUGCGUCCUGCAACAUACCCAAUGAAACGUAUUGUCUUUUGGGUGCUGAUUUGCUGAAGUUGGGUGUCUUCUUUUAAUGUCAGGCUCCAGUUUGAAGACUUUGUAGGAAUGCUUGCUGUACAUUCGAUGUAAUAAACAACUGGUGAAAGGA